GAGGACUCUGAGCACACCGGUUGGUUCAGGAUACGACUCUGACUCUGGCCUACCUGGACGCCCUGACGCAGAUGACCAGCUUCCUGGGCGAGCGGCCCAUGCCCUUGCCAUGCGAGGUUCCCCACAAACUAGACCUUGUAGCCUCCAUGGUGGAGCUGAUCAGGGACGAGCCACUGGGCCGCAUCUCCAGCCCCAUCCGGCAGAAGGCCAUGGCCAUCAUCGCCGACGUCAGGAAUCUCAGGCCGGUCUUGGACGCAGACAGCAGAGAAGAGCUCCUCGUCACGUGCUGCGAGAGUGUGCUCUGCCUGCCCGCCUCCGAGGGCCUGGCCGAGGAGGUGUCCGAUCCCAGCGAGGGCCGGGCUAACGUGGGCCUGUUCAGCAUGACCAUGCAGUCUCUCCGGAGUCUCCUGGAGGCAUUGGUCACGGAGAAGCCCACUGAGAUCCAGUCCUGCUUGGAGGUGAGUGAGGAGGAACCCUUGAAAGUUGGUGUGUUUGUUUCCUAGGACUCCCGUAAAAUG